AUGCCGAGCCAGCGAGACGAAUGGAUGCCUAAGUUUGGGAGCUUGCGGACCGCCAGUAUCCUGCUAGGCGUACAUGCCAAUGUGCUUUCGUCUAGAGAAAUAAACGCAUGGGCCCGUAUUCGGCACACCGGCGAGAAUGAAUGGAAGCUUGGAAUCGAAGGAGCUGGCAGUCUUGCCGCCGCCGCCGGAGUCAAAUUUUCCAGCCCUACAUGUGAGGUGUAUGCUUCCGAGGAAGACUUAUGGAUCAUGAAAAAACAGGUCGUCGAACAGAUCCUGCGUCAGUUACAACCAAAAAUCAGCACAGGGUCACCCGCGGAGGGCCCAUGCCUGAAGGAAGAAUACCAAGAUGAGCUGGACUCCGCCUUGAACGCUGCCGUCGGUACGGACGCCCCUGUUGCAGACUUGAUGGAGCUGCUCAUCGGACUCGGUGCAAAUAUGAACCGUAUUCCAAAGAAGCGAUACCGUGUACGCACCGAAAACGUCGUCAUGCGCGCUAUCAUGGAGGAGGACCUUGUCUUGUUCAAGGAGAAGGUGUCUUUCCUGGCACAGAACGGGGCGGACUGCAGUAGAGUAUAUAGAUCUGCAGACUGGAGGGAGGUGGAGGUCAAGACGGCGAUGGAAAGGCUCGACGAUAAACUUCAAGACGAUGAACAGACGAAGGACUUGCAAAUCCCCACGACGCUUGCUGCCAUUGAAUACCUUGGGUUCAUUGGGGCUAUUCGUUGA